CCAGUCUUCACAAGUAUGCUUAGUAGCUUGCUCCAUUUCCCGGGCUAUGGGCUGUGCUUGGAGGGCAAAGAUGCAGUGCCUCCAUUUAUUGAUCGAAGAUGGAGAGAGAGGGCUCAGCAGCACCUGAAGGCUCUACAGCAGCUUGCAGUAGGUCAAACUUCUCUUCAAAUACCCCAAAUGGUGUAUGAAGAUCCUGAUGUUACUGGAAGGAAUCGCUACAAAUAUUUUGCAAGACCUCUUGUCCCUCCUAACAAGCUGCUUCCACUAGAUGUUUCUUACGUGAUUGCAAAGACAGAGCCCAAUGUCUAUUUAUCUACAAGAGACAGCGAGAUCUUUGGUCCCAAAAUACGAACUUUCGGCACACAGACCGAUUACAGGGAUGGUGAAGCCCAGACAGAUCCAUAUUCCCCUGAAUAUGUAGUUCCCAGUGGCUCAGUCCCCGAGCUUCUGACACUUGCUACUCUCACUUGGGGCCGGGGGCUACCAGCAGGACUAGCCGAAGUGGAGAUGAUUGAACGUGCCCGGGAAAAACGUGCAUGGGAAGCAACUCUUCCAGCCAUGGACAGUGCCUCGAACAUUGCAAAGAGGAGGAAAAUGAUGGAUGAAAUGGAGAGGAAGGAAUGGGCUUUUAGAGAACAGGAAAUAGAAAAAUUGCAAGAGAUUCGACUGGAAGUCUUUAAGAAGCUGCUGCAGAGGCGAGAGGAGAAACAAAAUGAGCUGGAUGCCAAGCGCUUGGAUGACCACUGGCAAAAUCAUCAGAAGGCUAAAGAAGAGAAAAUAAAAAAGAUUCAGCGUGAUUUUGCACUGAUGCUCAGGAAACUGAUAGCUAAGAGGAAGAAUGUGAUGGGGAAGCUGGAAAGACGCGAUAUCAUCAAAGAGUAUACUGACUUUGCAUCACAAACAUAUGCUCCUUUAUCUAGGAUUGGGUAUUUCCCAGACAACCAUUCUGAACACUACGUUGUAAAAAACUUCUAUCUUAACACCUUUGCAGGACUGUGCGAACUGGAAGCAUCUCUCCCAGAUUCUGUCACCCAGGUCAAAAUUAAAGCUCCAAAGCCUAAAAACAACAUCACUAAGACUGGAUAUAUUAAAAGAUCAGCAAGGCUAGAAGUGGAGCUGGCACUGGUUCACCAGGCACUGUUGGAGAAGAAGAAUAAAGUCAAGGAGCCAAAGAAGCCUCUUCACUUCCUUGAAAAAGUAGAAAAGCCUGUCCCUCGUCCCCCCACUCCAAUUUUGGAAAAACCAUCAAUUGAGGAAGAGGAAAGAGAACUGGCAGUGAUCUGCUUGCAGAAAUUGCUCCGAGGCAGGGCUAUUCAGAACAAGAUGUUUGAAGAGAAGGAGAAGAGGCUGGAACUGAUCCAAGAGCUGCGCACCACUCAUGCACUUCAAGAGAAUGGACAACUGCUUCUGAAAGCACAGGAGAAAAUGAUCCGGGCCUUACAGCAGCAGCAUGACUUGAAAAUGCACAAGCUGUCAUCAAUGGAAAGCCACUUGGCCCGGGAAGAAGGAAGGGCACUGGCAAACAUGUUUGAUUUCCUAUCCAAAGAACUGCUGAGGCUGCAAGAAGAGCGGAGGAUCCACGCUUUUGUCAUGCUGGCUGAGAGGACCAGGCGGAUGCGGGAAGCAGAGGAGAGUGGGCGCCGACAGGUGGAAGAGAGGCAGCGGCAAGAGGAAGAUGAGAUCUUCAGACAGGUGGUGAAAAUGCACCAGAGCACUGUUGACUCCUACCUGGAAGACAUUAUCUUAAGUAGCAUGGAGAACACAGCUGAAGAGCAAGCAAGGGAAGAAGUUCAGAGGAUGGCUGUAGAAAUCAAUGACAUUGCUUAUGAACUGGAAAGAAGUCGAACUCACCUACAGUCAGAAGAGAUUGUAGCAGAGCUGGUUUAUGCUUUCCUGAUACCAGAGAUUGAGAAAAUGUCUAUCAGAGAAAAAGUGAGGCAAUCCCAAAGAAAACACAUCUAUGCUGCUCAUCAGAUCAUCCAUGGGAGUGUGGAAGAGCUAUUCGCUGAUCCAGCAUUACACCAGGAGAUGCCUGCCAGCAAGAUGAGGGGAGCUCCUCCUGUUGAGACAGCCAGCACUGCUUUGGGCAGGACAAACAGUGGACAGACUGUGGCUGAUUGCUCUCACUCUGCCCCAGUUGCACAGGGUGUGUGUAAACCUCUGCGUGAAGAGAGCCCACAGGAGCCAGCAGUGAGCCCUGCUGAUGGACCAGACAAAGAUGGCACGGCCUCCUAGAGAUAUGAAUACAGUGAGUUUCCCUUCCCCUCACUGAUCUGAGCUCAGAGCGUAGGGAAGGAGAUAGAAGCACGUUACAUUUACUUUUUCCAAGGUGUCCAGAAUGCAAAAUUCAUUAUUUGACCCUUCAACUGCCCACCAGCUAUGCUGUCUUGGAACCAAACAACAGUGUGACAGUCCCAGUCCAACCCCUUUACCCAUUGACCACUGAACCUCAUUAGCGAAUUUUUCUCUUCUAAUUAUUAGAGAAGUUUGAGUGAGAGACCACUUUUGAUAUUCUUACUUGUAUUCCUGGAGCAGGCCAACAGUGAUGUGCUCCUGAGCUUUUGAUGGUGCUUCCUUUUAUCA